AGAGUGGACAGGGGGGAGUGCUAGAGGUGGGAGUGAGAGGGCGCGGGAGGGAGGCAGCACGCGUGCGAUCGCGCGUCGGCCUGUCGCGCGCCGCACACCGCCGCGAUCGCACGCCCCGCGCGUCCCCGCAGCGUCCGCGUCGCGAUGAGUGAACUCUGAGCGAGUGCGUCGCGGAGCGCCUCGACUCGUUCUCAUGGAGUACCAGCACCCGCAAGUCCUUCAGCCGCUCGGGCCACCGGCGCCGCCGCCGCAGCUGCUGCCGCCCGCGCCUCACCCGCCGCUGCCCACGCUGCCGCAGCUGCAGCACGGCCACGCGCACGCCCAGGACGACGACCGUUGGAGCCAGUAUCACAUCUGGAGGCAGCACGUUUUCGUCAACGGCAAGUCGGUGAACAAUAAAGACACGCUCGAGGACAAGAAAGAUGACAACGAACUAUGGGAGGCGCAGGCCGCCUUCCUGGGGCCGAACUUAUGGGACAAGACGCUGCCCUAUGAUCCCGAUCUCAAGGUACAGGAAUACGUGGACCUAGACGAGUUCCUGUCGGAGAAUGGCAUGCAAGGAGAGGCGCUGGGCGGCGCCCACCUGGGCGGCUCGGCGUUCGGCGCGGGCGCCGGGCUGGCGUUGGGGCUGCAGGCGCCCGUCACCAAGCGCGAGCGCUCGCCCUCGCCCUCCGACUGCAUGAGUCCGGACACUAUCAACCCGCCGCUCUCACCCGCCGAUUCCACAUUUUCAAUGGCGUCGUCGGGUCGUGAUUUCGACCCCCGGACGCGGGCCUUCUCCGACGAAGAAUUGAAGCCGCAGCCCAUGAUCAAGAAGUCCCGGAAACAGGUAAAUGAAUUCGUGCCCGAUGACCUGAAAGACGACAAGUACUGGGCGCGCCGGCGGAAGAACAACAUGGCGGCGAAGCGUUCCCGCGACGCGCGCCGCAUGAAGGAGAACCAAAUCGCACUAAGGGCCGGAUACCUUGAAAAAGAGAACAUGGGGUUGCGACAAGAAGUAGAGCUGUUGAAGAAAGAGAACCACAUCCUGCGCGAGAAGUUAUCCAAGUACGCGGACGUAUAGGCGGACGCUCCUUCUCGCCCGCACCUCUCCGCAUAGCACAAACACGCCACUCGACAUGUCGCAGGCGCACCCUCGGCGCGCGCCGCCGCCGCUCCGCCGGCCGCGGACACUCUUCUUGCUUCUCGCGACGCCUCUUCAGUUCCCGCCUCCGCCGUGCUGACUGCUACAUCUCACUUCAAUUCAACUUCUGGUCAUCCUCUGUCUGACAAGUCUGUCCUGUCGUCAUGUUACCCAGAAAGCUAUCUGGUUUCGCCAGUUCGAUUGUUAUUCUUUAGUUUUUUAUAUUCUACAUAAAUAUUCCCACCAAACUGCUGAUUUGGUACUCAGUGAUCGUGAUACAUUUGGUUUGCGAGAAUUUUAGACCAUUUAUGUAUAAAAUAUUACAAUGAAUUUUACACCUGUAUUUUAGUUCGUGUCCGUGGAAUCAAUGACAUAGCGAAUCGGCAGUCCACCUUAAGUUCUGUAACAGGUUAUAUUUAAUGGACUACUUAUCUCACAAAAUGUUGAAGCUACGUAGGAUUAAUCAAUAUUGCAGUUACCGUAAGUUUACCUAGUUAGUUUAAUAGAUAAAAUGUUAACCAAAGUCCCAUUCGAGCUACGCUCCGAUCUAUCGUCGUCUCUAAUUCCUUCAAUUCGGACUGUGUCCGUCACUCAACAGGGUUAGCCAACGACGUACGGACCAAAAUUUUAUGGCAAAUUGUUAUUUUUGAAGGGUGUUUGUUGUAAGUAUGGUGCCGAGUGUGCACCGCGUCAUGUUUUCCGACCCGAAUGUGGAUUAUUGUAAUAAGUUAAUGUUGUUGAAUAUUUAUAUUGCGCCGGCAGGGACCGCGCGGCGCCCGCGCCGGAACGCUCGCGCACCGUUGCGGGCCGCCGCGUGCUAGAUUGCUCAAGUGGCUCGCGUACGCAUGCGCAAAUUUGAGGCUGCGUCUGUAUAUAGGUAGUUUUAAUGGGGCCCAGAGACGGCCCCGGGCCGCGUCCGGGACCUCGGAUCCUCUCCGAAUCUGUAUUAUAAAUGUUACCGAAAGCUCCCCGUCCGUCCCUCGGUUCCGGCACGAAGGCAGCCUGUCCGCGCCGCGUCCGGGGCCGCCACCCGCGUUCUUGCGCCGCAGGUGUCUCACCGGCUCGCUUCGUAGGCCCGCUCCCAGAGAUUAACUCCCACGGUGGCGCUCUGGCGCCCAUCGCCUCUUCUAACGCAUCACAUGCGUACCCUUUGUCGUUUACGUAGUGAGCGAAUACUAUAGUUUCGUUUCAAAUUUACUUAGUGAUAGUUUUAAGUAGUUGGUAGAUUCCGUAGCGUAGUUGUUAUUAGUCUAUUUUUGUUAUGGCUGUAGUUGUUAACGUUUUUGAAAGUUUAUAUUUUUUUAGUUGUAAACGGACUUGCGUUAUGGUAUCGUAUGGGUAGGACCCGUGAGUAGAGUCGGCGCGGGCGGGCGCGGCGAGGGUGACGCGCCCGGCGCCGGCCCGUGCCGGGUCCGGCGCGCCGCCUACGUCGCGCGCCAGCCUCCGUGGCCCAGCUGCGCCUCCCAAUGCACUGAAAGCGUCCUUUGAUGCUCCCCCGCACUCUAUUUGACUCGUGCUAAUGUUAAUAUAUAUUUUUGUAGGUUUUUGUCGUUGAUAAAUGAGUCAAUUGAAUGUUUAUUGAAUUGAAGAAAAUAAUGUUUAUAAACUAAGACUAAGAAGUUGUUGCAUUUGAAAGUAUUUUAUGGAUACAAAGCGAGAACAAUAAAAUGUUUUUUCUAUAAAAGUUUACAAGUGAGGGAUUCUAUAAAGGUGUGACGGUUGAACUUUUGAAAUGCACUGUUUCAUAUCAAAUGAUAAUUAUUAUAAUAUGUAACGAACCUAAUGUUAAUUGGCCGCCCAGUGCGGCAUUUGAUACUCCAUCUUGUUUGUUAUAAUAUACAUUAACAUACGCAAUAUAUGUAAUGGUUUUGUAAAUCCAUACAUAAUAAUAUUAUUAAAUACGUUUCUUCGAAAAUUGUAACAUGGGUAUAGUUGAUAUGAUAGUUUUAAGUCUGGUUCACUCGACAGCGCCUCACGCCGGUAGCAUCGCUUAUGCAAUUGUAGGCCGCAGCGGAUGGCGGCUGUCGUGUGGAGCGGCCGCGAGGCGUCGUGAUAACAAGGAGUUGUAUGUACGAACAUUACAGUUAGCUAUACUUAAACCUAAGCUAAGAGAAGUGUAGUGUACGUGAAGUGAAUCGGGCGGGGCGGCCGUGCGCUGCCCCGGCGCCGCUUUCCUCGCCUGGCAACGCCGCCGCGUUGUCCCCUCUCCCCCGCGCGCCCACCCUCGCCCCACCCCCGCCUCACCACGUACAUCCUCCUCCGCCACCCUCCCGACAAGGUCCGCUCGCUGCACUGUAUCCGGCCCUACUCGCACCUCUUCCCGUUUACUCUAUUUAUUUGAUAAACCUGCUGUAAAACAUCCUCGAUUGAGGCUACUUUAUUUUUAAAAGUAGAUGUCUGUUACCUUUGCAACAACAUAAAACCAUAUCGAUUUACUUGUACGAGUAGUAUUUGUUUGACCGUAAUUUAUAUGGUUCUAUGGAUUGAAAUAAACGUUAAUUGUUGUAUU